AUGCCCAGAUGGGCAAGGUUGGUCUGCUCAGCCCUUAGAAACCUUGGGAGCUGGGCAAAGAGAGGCAGGCACAAGCAGUCCAGCAAAGAGAACAUUCUUGUUUGGCUGAGCAUGUGCAAGUUCCCAAUCAUGGGAAAUGCCAAUGAGUGGUGCACAGCAACUUUGACUGACCAUGACUUCUUGCCAAGCUCCAAAGGAGAUUUGAUCUUUAAAUCAGACCAACAACUGGAUAUGGCCUGGGGGAUGCCUCCAGAACAACUGUCACUGGACAGAGCUGGUGGUAGCCUCCCCUUUGAACCAGCUGCUGAGGGCUACAAGGACUUUCAGAUGCAUGCACAGGCUAUGCUUGCUGGAACUAGGAACAUGACAGUCAAAGAGGAAGAUGAUGCAGAACUGGCAGCAUCCACCUACAGCUCCAUGGCACACUUUGCCAUUGAGCCUUCUCCACUGAACUUGCCAUUGGUCAAGUAUGGUGGGGCAUGGACCAAAUCAUGCAUCCAGGAUGAGGACUUGCAGGAAGCACUACUCCUCCAUCUUCAGAGCUUGGGAAAAUAUGUGGCAGCAUCAGCUGUUGUCACUUAUUUGGAUUGCCCUGAAGUUCAAAAUACAUUCAUCCCAGCUUGGUAUGAAAUUGAUGCCAAUACCAGGAGGUGGUCAUCAACCAAUCCACUCCAGUGUGAAGAUGAGGAGAUGGGCACAGCAUGGAAAACUGUUGUUUGGUGCCAUGAUGAAUCAACCUUCUAUGCCCAUGAUUGCUGCAAAGCCCAUUGGGUGUCAAAAGAUGCCAAGGCUCUCCCACAGCAAAAGGGAGAAGGCUUGUCCCUGAUGGUGGCUGACUUUGUUUUGGCUCACUAUGGAUGGCUGCAUUCACAUGAUGGAAAAGAAGCUGCUCGGGUGUUGUUUAGAGUGGGAAAGGGGCAAGAUGGUUACUUCACCAAUGAUGAAAUUCUCAAGCAAGUGAAGAAAGCAAUGACAAUCCUGGAAAAAGAUUACCUGGAUGACAAUCAUGUUUUCAUCUUUGAUAAUGCAACCACUCACUUGAAGCAGAUUAACAUGAAGGACAUUGAGGGUAAAUUGGUCUAUGGUGCUGAUGGAAAGCCAAAAAAAAAAAAAGAUCCCUAUGAAGGAUGGGACAUUUGCAGAUGGGUCACCACAGGAGUUCUAUUACCCACUGGAUCACACAAUGGCAGGGUUUUUCAAGGGGAUGGCCACCAUUCUUGA